CACUGCCAGCGACUUCCGCUUCUGUGUCAACCCAAGACUACACCGUAAAUUCCUGCUCAUCUCCCUGGACCUGUCAAAGCAUUUACCCGUCGCACACCGCCGAGGUCACUAAUUUACUUCACUCAACAAAGCCAGUCAGCUCUCUAUUAACUAGGCAGCUGAGUUGCCCUGACUGAUAUUCCCCUGGUGCCAUUCUUCUGCGGUCACACUGUCCAACAUAACCAGCAUCAGAUUGUGUGGGACAUUCCCUGGACAUUGACCAAAUCUUGUGCUGCUGCCAUCUUGACACUCCAGAGGGACUUUGAUCAACAGGUCUCCUCUCCAUAGGAACUGUGAGGGGCCGCCAUUAAAAGGAACAUGUGCUAGAAGUUGAACAUCUUUCCUUAAACGUCUGGUUGGCUUUGACUGUAGAAGAUGAGCAAUGAGGAUGAGUUCUUCGAUGCCGUCACAGGCCUCGAUUCAGACGAGUCGUAUGAAGGGGUGUCAGAGGCCAGUUUCAAAGAUGCACUGGUGUUUGACAGCAGCAGUCAAAAGAACAAUGGAUCAGUGCCUCAGGAGAAUGGCAUCAAGAAACACAGGACAUCAUUACCUGCAGCCAUGUUUUCCAGAAAUGCUGUCAGUGUGUGGAGUAUCCUGAAAAAAUGCAUCGGACUGGAGCUGUCCAAGAUCACGAUGCCUAUUGUCUUCAACGAGCCUCUAAGCUUCCUUCAGAGAAUCACAGAAUACAUGGAACACACUUACCUCAUCAACAGAGCCUGCUCGCUGUCUGACUCCAUCGAGCGCAUGCAGGCAGUAGCUGCUUUUGCUGUGUCAGCAGUUGCAUCUCAAUGGGAUAGAACUGGAAAACCCUUCAACCCUCUGCUGGGGGAGACCUAUGAACUCACCAGAGAGGAGCAGGGUUUCCGGCUGGUAUCAGAGCAGGUAUCCCAUCAUCCCCCAGUCAGUGCCUUCCAUGCAGAGAGCCUGGCCGGGGACUUCAUCUUCCACGGCUCCAUCUACCCCAAACUCAAGUUCUGGGGCAAGAGUGUUGAGGCUGAACCUAAAGGGACCAUCACAUUAGAACUACUCAAGCACAACGAGGCAUACACUUGGACUAACCCUUACUGCUGUGUACACAACAUCAUCCUAGGCAAACUGUGGAUAGAACAGUAUGGCACAGUGGAAAUAGUGAACCACAGCACUGGAGACAAGUGUGUGUUGAAUUUCAAGCCCUGUGGGAUGUUUGGCAAAGAGCUGCACAAAGUGGAGGGAUACAUCCAGGACAAGAGUAAAAAGAAGCGCUGUGUCAUCUAUGGGAAGUGGACGGAGUGCAUGUGGAGUGUCGACCCUCAGACUUUCGAGAGCCACAAGAAGUCAGAGAAGAAAGGAGACAACAAGAAGCACAAACAUGAGGAGUCCGAGGGAGCAGAGAACGAUGACGCAGAUGACAUGCCCGAAGUCCAAGAAACGGUGUCUGUUGUACCAGGAAGCACUCUACUGUGGAGGAUAGAUUCCAGACCAGCUCACUCUGCUAUGAUGUACAACUUCACAAACUUUGCGAUGUCUCUCAAUGAACUGGAGCCUGGAAUGGAGGCCAUCUUGGCCCCUACUGACUGUCGCUUCAGGCCUGACAUCAGAGCCAUGGAGAAUGGCAACAUGGAUGAGGCGAGUAAGGAGAAGGAGAGACUGGAGGAGAAGCAGAGAGCUGCCAGAAAGGAGAGAGCCAAGAAUGAAGAGGAGUGGUCUACUAGGUGGUUCCUCAUGGGAACCAACCCCUACACUGGCAACCAGGACUGGAUCUACACUGGUGGCUACUUCAGUAGGAACUACCAAGACCUGCCUGACAUCUACUGAUACCUGCGAGCCUUCCACCUCUUCCUCUGUAACCUGCAAUGAGAGAAAUGUUAAGAAUCCACAUAUUAACCUUUAUUCCCAUCUUCAUCUUACUACCUUCAUCAUCGUCUUCCCUCUUUUAAACUCACUGACAUGACCAGCACAGAAUGGAAAGAUGUGCAAGGAGUCACUUCUCUCAGACUCUGGCCAGGUGUUGUUUUCAUCAUCUUGUGUAAUCACUUAAUGAGCAGCAAACGUUUCCCAUCUCUCUGCCGCGACAAUGAGCACAAUAACCCUUUUAUUCCUGACCAAUCCCAGUGGCAGAGAGUUGGUGCAUGCAAAUCAAACAACAGCCCAGUGAAUUCACAGGUCCCAAUCUGAAUGUUACAUCUUUACAAUCAGUCUCGCUCCUCUGAGAAACCACUGGCCAAGCCUCUGGACAGUGAGAUUUAAAAAACAGUCAAGUGUCAAUUAUGUGUAGAAGAAACAUGAAGUAAGAAGAGAUGGACAAGGAUGGACAUCCAGUCAAUGGGGAAAUCAGGGAUGUGAAUGCUCUUUUGACUGAAGAUGGAUUUUGAGGAUGUUUUUUUGGAAACUUUUAAAGACUCAAACACUCAAAUAAAUAUAUAUAGAUGACAUAGUAAUGACAUAGUACUCUUAAGGGGAAAAAAAAUAAAAUGAAUUAGUCAAGACCUGGGAUCAUGGGAUCUGAUGUUUUCCUACAUCCAAACAGAUGAAUUCAUAGAGCACAGGUUGUGUGGAACACUUAAGCCCACCAAAAUGUAACACAUUUGUCUUAAUACUUGGCUUGUAGCUUGUGUUUGACUUUAACAGUAGUUGUUGAUUUUACUACCAGGAGAAAUGUACAGUAUGUCUAACAAUCCAAAGUACUCCUAACAUCAAUACACUCUGCUUGCAUUUAUAAAAGAAAAAGUAGAGUUUAAGAAAAAAUGAGCUGAAUGUGUCUGGCUGCUGUGUCAUAGGCUGGUAGUCCUUUCUCAGCUGCUGAGGUUUACUGAUCUGAACACAGACUUCACACAAGUGCAGAAAAAUCAGAUUUUUCAUCAUCUAGUCCACACAUCUUUUCAUUACUAAGGAAAUCUCAGCAAAUGUGAAGGUACACGCCCCUCUCCGCUGACAGGUCAAAGGUCAGGAUUUCGCAGCACAUAUAGGUUCAGUCUCCUCCUCAAGGACAGUUGAAUGGAAUGUGUGAUCUUUAAAGUGAGUGAUAAGAUAUAAGUAGUAGUCAUCUGUACUUACUUCACCACCCUGCUGACAGAAAAAGAAAUUUGAAAAAACAGAAAUAUUUUUUUUACUCCAUUGAACAACUAUAAGAACAAAGUAAUACUUGUGGCCUCUGCCUGCAUGUACAUGUAAAUCUGACCCUCGAGGACUAAAUUCACUCUCACAGAGUUACACCUCAUUGUACAAUAUGGGAGUACAGUGAUUUUGAUGUAAUAUUCAUUUGUGUUCAACUGAGUGAUUGUGAAGAAAUUGAAAAUAAAGAGUAAACGUAAUGGUAAAUGUACAUGCACAUGUGCACAUACAUCUGAGUAAAAAUAUGUAGACACUUGAAGCCAUAUUAACUACAGCAAAGAAUGGAUUUGCUGUGUGAUAGGAAUUGUGGACAUUGUAACAUUAAAUACUCUUUCUCAUUGGAUCAGGCCCAGCGGCCAGAGAGGUCGGGAGGGCCCUGAAUGUUACCUGAAAAAUGUCACUGAAAGAAACACACACUACUGCAAAUGGAUCAGCACAAGAAUCUCAUUCCAAAAUAGAAUUUAAUAAAAUGAAAAACUACUCCAGUGGCACAAAAAAUGAACCCAUGAAAAGGACUUUUGACAGCUCAGCUGUCAGGCUGAUGGAAUAAAACACAACUGUACAGACUGGAUAUAUAGUAUUAUGGAGCUUUAUUUACAGAAAGAGACAUCCUUUCUACUUUUCGAAUCAUGUUAAACUGCUACAACAUCAUGACCAUGACCAUGUUGCUCCCAGCAAAUAUUUGGGUGUAAACCACUCUGUAGCUUUAUCUUAAUGUUCCAAACACAUAAUAUUUUAGAUAGUUGACUGCUGAAGUUUUCAAACAUUCCUCUCAGUGGGACUCUCAGAGCUACAGCUAUGAUUGAAGCGGACAGCUGUAUUUAAUGCGAACAGGUUACAACCUCCAACUCUCCAGGUUGUCGUUGGCACAUCAUAAUAUACACAUUACCUGCACAGACCUCUUUGUACUGGUUUGUAAUGAGAUUAGUUUAAAUUCUCUCUACUACUUGUCCUGCAUUAGUGGACCAACCAAGAUGCCCUAUGAGAUUUUCAGAAAUACUUAUUUUGAAUGUUAUUAUUUUCAUGCAUUUUGUUCCCUGUAGUUUAACUACCUGAUGUUUAAAAAUCACAUUUCAUCAGUGCAUUUAGGAGCUAUAAUGUAUUCCACAACUCUAUGCAACUUUUGCAGUUCAAAGUGAACAGUAUGUCUGAUCUGUGUUUGUACAGUGGUUUUACAUUCCCCAACUCACACACACCCUCAGCCUCUAUGCUACUCAGCUUGAUUAAUAACAACUUUGCCUUCUUAGUUCAUGUUAAUAUAUUCCAGAUAAUUAAAAAUGAUUACAACUUGUUGAAUGACUUGAACUUGUCAGCAUCUUGGAUCAGUGUAACUUAACAUUUCCAUGUCAUGCUUAGGCCUAGAUUAUUAUUAUUUUUUGUUUCGCUUUUUACAUUCCCUUGUUUACUUUUUUUUUAAAUUCAUGUGUAAUAUUUAUUAUGUUUGAGGUUUUAUGAAAGACUUGUGUUGACAAACCUUUUUUCUCCCUGUGCUAAUGUUGCUUAUCCAAACAGCUCUGAAAUUUUCUUAGGACUCUGAACAGUUUUAUAGAGGAGCAAUGUCUAAUCAGGGCUUGAAGUGAACAUCAUUCACCAGUUUAUGGCUUGUACAUUUCACUGUGCCUGUUACAUCUGUCAGAUUUACUAGCCAGUGCAGUAUGAACAUUAUCAGACUGUAUUUAAUCACUCUGUCCCAUUGGAAAUUCCUUCGGCUGUUUAACCUCACAGUUUAAAAUCCUGAAUUUAGUUAUAUUUAUGUGUAUUUUUUCCUUUUCAUUAAAAUAAAGUCAUUAAAAAUCAAUUAUACAAACACUACUGAAGUUGCACUGUCACAUAAAUGUGAGAUCAACACUGGUCAGAUGCAACAGUUCAAAUCAAUCUAAAUAGGAAACAACAGCCUUUGUUUAAAAAAAGUACUGUGAAUAAUUAGUAUAGUAAUUGCACUUGGUGUAAUGGUCUAAGUAGCCAGUGAACAUAUGGAAUGGUUAUAUUCACCAGUACUGAUUCUGACCCUACCAGUUACUAGGCUAAUGCUCUGUCAUUAAACGAGAUCUAGGUUUUAUGUUGCUUCAGGUGUUGGUUCUUUCUAUGUCUUCAGUUGAAUUUUACCCUCCUUCUCUUGGACUGUAUGUAUGUGGUUGUCAAUGCUAUAUGUAUACACGUGUUGCACAGAGGUAAUCACAAGCAAAAUGACAUAUUAUUUUGUGCAAUUGAUUUAUUUUUAUAGUAUUUAAGCAGUUUUUGGUGAGAACAUUGUACCAGAUAUUUUAUUUUGAGGUAGGGGACUGUAAGGGGGUUGUAUCCAUGCUGUGGAUAGCUUGGUAUAUUAAUGAACGGGGGAAAUGUCCACAAAUAAAAUCCUAAUUUCA